GUCAGAAGAUAAUUAAUCUCUUGGCAAAAUAUAGUAGAUUCGAUGAAUCCUAUAACAAAUUAUUUAGAAAAAGUUAAGAGGUUACGAACUAUAAUUCAAGCUAAUGGGGGCUUAUUAAAAUCCUUGGUUAAAAUUUAUUACACUGAUGAUUUAAAAGAGGGCAGGCUUAUUGGAAAAGAUCAAUUUGGAAAUGAAUAUUUUGAAAAUAAUUCAUACUUUUUUGGACGUAAUCGAUGGGUUGAAUAUACUCGUAAGGUUGGCUUAGAUUACAAUGCAACUCAAGUUCCUCCUGGCUGGCAUGCAUGGAUCCAUUAUAUGACUGAUCAAGCCCCUAAAUCAAAUGAUCCAAAGUAUGAUUGGAUGGAACCUUAUCAGCAAAAUAUGACUGGCACACAUCAUAAAUAUGUUCCUUUCAGUACUAUGCCAAAGAAAAUUUUCUCUUGGGAUCCUAAUCAAAACAAAAAACUACCUUAAUCAAAUAUUAAGAUUUUUAGUAAAUAUAUUUAUAAAUUGAGAAUUUAAUUACACGAUGUCUUUGGAAUAUUAUUGAAAAAUAUUUUUCAAAGGUCAAUUGUAUUGCCUUUAUUAUAUUAAAAACAGCGUGAUAUAUAAAUCUAUAAAAUAAUAUUUAAAAAAGAAUAAAUAAAUUAAAAGGCAACAUGAGAGGGAUGGGGGGCAAAAAUAAGGACUCUUAUUGAGAUCCAAAGUAGUUACCUCGAAAUACAGCCAUUUGAGUUUAUUGUAACAUUUUAAAAGCGGAUUCAUGAUCAUAAUUUGAGAGAUUUUUUUACCCAAAAUUUAAAAAAAAAUGAUAUCCUAGGGACCCAUAGGUAGAUUUAACUAUUGGGAAGUGAAAAUCAGAAAAGUUGUGAUUUAUAAUUUUUGACCUUGUAAUACGGAUCAUUGUUUAGGUUAGACGAAUAUUGGAAGGCACAAGUGAAAUCCCAAAUAAGAUGUUUUCCUCUAAAUCAAGGAAUGUUUAUGAGCUCAUCUGGUCUUUUCCCAUCCAAUAGGGAUAAAUGGAAGGGUUCCAGAAGGUUAGGGUAGAUGACCAACCAUAAUUUAAGAUUUUAGUUAAUAGCCCUAUGUCGACUGAACCUACCUUUCGAAUAUAAACAUCGGAUGGGCGAGAUUGGCACUAGGGUAAUUCCAUGACAAAUCGACCAGUGAUUCGGCCGACCAUCUCAAAAAUGAAUGAAACUUAACAUGUUAGUUAUUUAUGUUGCAAAUGUUAAUAAAAUCCAAAUUUUAGAGCCCCAGCUCAACCAGAUCCAAAGAUAUACGCCUUCAAAGUAGAGAAUCGCGUAAUGCGUGAUUUCUUAUAUCUUGUUUUUCUUAAAAAAUACUUAAGAUAGAAUUACAAAUAAUAUAUCACUUUAUGCCCUUAAAAUUUUACAUUGGAAAAUAUUGAAAAAAAGUUAAAAAAUUUUAAGUGUUUUUGUAUAUCCGAUAAAAAUAAAAAA